AUGUCCUCACAUANUUCAUCAAUUAAGAAGAAGAGAAAAGAUAAUUGGUUGAAAAUUCUGGAUCGUUGUGACAUUUUUUAUGGGAGAUGGGUGAGGGAUGAUGUGAACCCCUUAUAUGAAGCUGGUUCAUGUCCUCACAUAGACGAGCCCUUCAAUUGUUUUCUUAAUGGAAGGCGCGAUAAUGCUUACGAGAAGUUCAGAUGGCAGCCUAAACAUUGCAACUUACCAAGGUUGAGUGGUGGGACUUUGUUGGCAUUAUUGAGAGGGAAGAGGUUAGUGUAUGUGGGUGAUUCUUUGAAUAGGAAUAUGUGGGAAUCAAUGGUUUGCCUGCUUAGAAAUUCAGUGCAAGAUAAGAGCAGAGUCUAUGAAGCUUCUGGCAGACAGGAAUUUCGGACAGAGGGUUCGUACUCUUUUGUAUUCACGGAUUAUAAUUGUUCAGUGGAGUUCUUUCGAUCUCCAUUUUUGGUUCAAGAAUGGGAGAUGCCGGAAACGAAUGGAUCAGCUGGAUCAACGAAGGAAACACUUCGGCUUGAUCUGGUUGAGAGAUCAUCUGAUAAAUACAAAACCGCAGAUGUCCUUGUCUUUAACACAGGCCACUGGUGGACUCAUGAGAAAACAUCUGCCGGGAAGGGUUACUACCAAGAAGGUAGCCAUAUUUAUGGUGAAUUGAAUGUUGUUGAGGCAUUCCGGAAAGCUAUGACAACAUGGGCAAGAUGGAUUGAAGCCAAUGUAGAUCCCGUGAAGACCCUCGUUAUCUUUAGAGGAUAUUCAGUCUCCCAUUUUAGUGGUGGAGAGUGGUAUUCUGGUGGGAAAUGUGAUAACGAGACUGAACCAAUCGACAAUGACAGAGAUCUAUCACCAUCACUCUAUCCUCCAAUAAUGGGAAUGUUGGAACGGGUGCUACAGGGGAUGAAGACACCAGUCUUCUAUUUAAACAUUACAACGAUGACAGAUUAUCGCAAGGAUGCACACCCAUCAGUUUACAGGAGGCCAAAUUUAACAGAGGAGGAGAGACAAUCACUAUUGAGGUACCAGGAUUGCAGCCACUGGUGCCUUCCCGGUGUCCCUGAUACGUGGAAUGAACUGGUAUAUUCUCAAAUCUUGAAACAUGAUCACAAGCAACAACAACAUCGUCAUCAACAACAACAACAACAACAACAACAAAAACGACAGCAUGCAGCAGAAAAAAGGAAAGGUAAACUGGAAAAUACAGCUUUGUAA